AUGGAUAUUCAAAAAUGGCAUUUGAGAACUUCAAAGCUGGCUCUGGCCUUGGCAAUUAUUCACUCAAAACCAGCAAACAAAAGCAGCAGAGAAUACACAGAGGACCUUGCAAUGUUGGUGUCUGAGCAGGAGUUGAAGUGGAGAUCAAAAGUCCAAGCCUUGGAAGCUGAAGUUUUGCAAUUACGUCAAAAACUUCUUCUGAGUGGGAUUUGUUCAGGAUUGCUUAAGAACGGAAAACUGUCUUCCCCAUUGCAGGCUCAGGAACCUAGAAGUUCUGAAAGUACAUUAACUCUGAUGGAAGAUUCUGGGUGUGAUUUAUCAUAUGAGCAGAGAACUGAACCUUCUGAAUUGUACCAUCAUUGUGUAGAGAACUACACUCCCAUCCCCUUUCUACCAUUGCCUUUUAUGAAAAGACCUUAUACUUCCCUGGAAAAUCCUCUGUCUUCUCACAUGCAAUUUUUGCAGCAUCUGCUUCAACUAAAGAACCUGACAGAGUCAGGGAGUCUGAAAACAGACUUAACCCACUUUGAAAAAGACUCGUCCAUAGUCUCUGAUUCUGUUUUUCAGUUGCUGGAUGGCCUGAUCGCUUUUUACCGCAACCCCAAACUUCCUUUCUCAAACUUUUGGACAGAAGCUGUUAAUACUUUAGCUAGACUGAUCAGUGAUCAUAACUUAUCUAAUCAUAUUCUUAAAAAGUGUUCCAAGAAGUUGGAAGAAUUUGAGAAAACCCUACUACAGGUUAUUUUAGGAAACAAUCAAAUAAAUCGGUUUCAGGUGCAGCAUUAUGUCUCUCAGAGUCUGGUAACCCUGGGAAGUUGCAGCUUGUUGAGAAAAUCUAUUGUAUCUCUGCUUCUGUCAGAAGUAAAUAGCUUUGCUGAUAACCUGGGAACCAUCAAUCAGGUAUCUAUAACUUAA